GAGAAGGAAACAGAUGAAGGAUAAGAAGGUGAGAAGAAAAAGUUACAGAGAAUCAGACACUUUGGUCACACAGAGUAAGGAUGGGAGAGCGUGAAUGAGGCUGCUCGGAUAUAUAGACGCUCUUAUUUCUGAAUAUCAGUGUACAUAGGAAUGGUUCCAUGAUGAAAAUCACUCAGAUUGAGGCAAAGGAGGCCUGUGAUUGGCUGCGGGCAGCAGGAUUCCCCCAAUACGCUCAGCUCUUUGAAGAUUCUCAGUUUCCUAUCGACAUAUCUCCUGUGAAGAAAGAUCAUGACUUCUUGGACAAAGAUCUUGUGGAACCUCUUUGCAGACGACUCAACACGCUUAACAAGUGUGCUUCUAUGAAACUAGAGGUCACCCUUCCUAAAAAGAAGAGCGAGGACUCGGAUGAAGACGAUCUCUUUGCUAUCAGUGACAAAUGGACCUUUGAGGCAAGCAGUCGGCGUUGGUCCAGGCUUCAGGAUAUUGACUGCCUCUUAGGUCAGGUUGAGUGUCAGGAUCCCAGGGAGUGUUCAGCCCUGCGGACCACUCCAAGCAGUGAGAGCGUUCUGACAGACCUAAGUGAGCCCGAGGUUUCGUCUUUACACAGCGAGAGUAGCGGUGGAGGCAGUGGCGGGCUGCAUGUGCACAGUGCAGAGGACUCAGACUGUUCACACCUCACCUGCUCUGACUCAGCCAUGCCGGACCCCACCUCACUAACUCUGCCUCACCUCACCUCUGAACACCCCUGCUAUGGCUCGCUCCCCGCUAAGCACAGCCGAAGGGGCCGGGCACGGGCCAAGGACUUCCUGCGACGUAUGGAGACCCUUCGUUCCCGAGGUCGUAAAACGACCCUGGUCAUCAGUGCUCCCGUCCUGCAGCAGGAGCCCCGGACUGUGAAAAGUCUUCACUGUGUGGGGAUCGUGAACGGUGACGGGGUUUUACCGGAGCCCCAGUCAGCCCUCAGCCUGGUGUCCCAGUCCAGCAGUGAGGGAAGCAGCCACUCCAGCGGGAGUGCAGUCAGCACACCCAGUCUGAAGGAGCAGAGGAAGGCUUACCGCGAUGACAACAAACGCAGUGGCAUGUACCUGGAGGAUCUGGACGUGUUUUCCAGCAGUGUGCAGGGUAAGCGUGUUGCCGAGCAUAAUCGCCGGAAUGAGUUCCGCUCUUACGAGGACCUGGUGGUGCACAUUCCCAAGGACCACAAGCCCGGAACCUUCCCCAAGGCGCUGUCCAUCGAGAGUCUAUCCCCUACCAUGGCGCACACCCUCAACUGGCACACGGACCCCACAGGUACGACAGUCCACCAUCGCCAACCUCAUGCCAAAGAACAUCGGCCCGUCACGCAGUGCUGCUCCAGGGGCAGCCGCAUAAGCGUCUACGACAACGUCCCUGGCUCUCACCUUUACGCCAGCACUGGUGACCUCAUAGACCUGGAGAAGGAAGACCUUUUCCCACACCUGGAUGACAUACUCCAGCAUGUCAAUGGACUACAGCAAAUCGUGGACCACUGGUCCCAGAACGUGCUGCCCUCAGGGGAAGGGGCAGGGCAGGGAGAGACAUUAGUGGAGGGAAGGGUCCAGGAGGAUCUGCAAUCAUCCAGUCAGAUCACGCUGGACUUUGAGGGCCACUCAGUGGUGGAGGGGCAGACCGUCUCUAAUGACGGAGACAGGGAUGGGGUAUCACUUGUGGAGACGGAGUCGUCUGGUAUGAGGGAGAGGAGGGACUCAGGAGUGGGGGCUUCUCUCACCAGACCAAACCGGUUACGGUGGCCUAGUUUUCAGAUCUCAAAUCGCCUCAGUCACUCAGUGGCAUCUCUCCAAAUCACCAACCAAUCAGCAAGCCAGCUCAGUCUGCUACAGAAGUUCUCUCUGCUGCGAUUGACCGCCAUCAUGGAGAAGUAUUCCAUGUCCAACAAGCACGGGUGGACCUGGUCAGUGCCAAAGUUCAUGAAGAGAAUGAAGGUGCCGGACUAUAAGGAUAAGAAUGUGUUUGGUGUUCCUCUGAUUGUUCAUGUCCAGCGAACUGGUCAGCCUUUACCUCUGGGUCUGCAGCAGGCCCUGCGCUACCUCAGGAGCCAGUGUCUCGACCAGGUGGGUCUCUUCCGUAAGUCGGGCGUGAAGUCUCGUAUCCAAGCCUUAAGACAGAUGAAUGAGAAUUCCCCAGACGAUGUAAGCUAUGAGGAGCAGUCUGCUUAUGACGUGGCUGAUAUGGUCAAACAGUUCUUCAGGGAUCUACCAGAACCUCUACUCACCAGCAAACUGGGAGAAACCUUUCUCCAUAUCUACCAGUAUGUGCCUAAGGAGCAGCGUUUGCAGGCGGUGCAGGCUGCCAUCAUGCUGAUGUCCGACGAGAACAGGGAGGUGCUGCAGACGCUGCUCUGCUUUCUCAGUGAUGUCACUUCCUCUGUACAGGAGAACCAGAUGACGCCCAUGAAUAUUGCCGUGUGUCUGGCACCUUCUCUCUUUCACCUCAACAUACUGAAGAAGGACAAUCUCUCACCCAGAGCCAUGCAGAAGAAGUAUGCCACAGGGCGCCCUGAUCAAAAGGACCUGAAUGAGAACCUGGCCGCAGCCCAGGGCUUGGCACACAUGAUCACAGAGUGCAACCGCCUUUUUGAGAUUCCACACGAGAUGGUCAGUCAGUCACGGAACUCCUAUGUGGAGGCAGAUCUCCACGCCCCCACCAUAGAGGAGCUGUGUAAGACCCUGGAGGAGGAUGAUGGAACCUGCCACACACACAUGGAGCUCUUACUCCAGGGUCUCCUUAAGGAGGCGCGAGACAAGGCCAAGGGCUGGGUGUCCUGCCCUAGCGCAGACAACACGGAACUUUCCUACAAGAAGGUGGGUGAUGGGAACCCGCUGCGACUCUGGCGAGUGUCUGUGGAGGUGGAGGCUCCACCCUCUGUGGUGCUGAAUCGCGUGUUGCGAGAGCGCCACCUGUGGGAUGUGGAUCUCCUGCAGUGGAAGGUGUGUGAGACUCUGGAUAAGCAGACAGAGAUUUUCCAGUAUGUUCUGAACAGAAUGCCCCCCCACCCCAGCCGUGACUUUGUGGUGCUCAGGUCGUGGAGAACAGACCUGCCAAGGGGCGCGUGCUCUCUCAUCUCAGUGUCUAUAGAACACGAGGACUAUCCACCAGUAGGGGGCGUGCGGGCUGUGGUUCUGGAGUCAAGGUACUUGCUGGAGCCAUGUGGUUCUGGCAAGUCAAGGCUGACCCACAUCUGUAGAGUGGACCUCAAAGGGAGGACCCCAGAGUGGUACAAUAAGGCCUUUGGACAUCUGUGUGCCGCAGAGGCUGCCCGUAUUCGCAACUCUUUCCAGCCAAUCACAGCAGAGGGGCCGGAGACCAAAAUAUGAGCCCUGGGUACGUUUCUCUCACAGCUACAAAACUCAGUGACCCUGACUGGCCUGUCUUGAGGACGGACAGAGCACAGCACCAAGGAAACAGACAGCUCUGCUCUCUCUGACCAGUCACUGAAGCCUGGUUUAUAAUUCUUGCUCUCUCAAUUUGCACAAAUACACAAAAAAGUGAGAUCUCUGUCUGGUGCUGGAUCUUUAUGACCCAACGGGGAAUGCCAAUACCGACAUGCCAUUACACCAACACCUCACUUUCAGUUCCUGUCUCUCAAUAUUACAUUGAGUUUAAUUAUUAUUAUUCUUAUUAUAAUUUGUAUUGUUAUUCAUAAUACAUGUACUGAUAAUGUGUUUGUUCUUGUGAAUAAUUUUAUACAAUGUAUAGGACAUUGAAGCUCUUAAUGCUUCUGGGAAGCAUAUAGUUAUAUAGGUAUAAAUAUAUAAUUCAUAUUAAAGACAAAGCUCUAUCAGUUUGGAUAUGUUUGUAGAGGACAUACAUGUGUGUCUAUAUCUGUGUGUGUGUGUGUGUGUGUGUGUUUGUGUAUAUACACACUACCUGUAUAUACUUUGUACAUUUGAAGAGUGCUUGUGUAGAAUUAGCAUUUGCCAAUAUAUAAACUGAUUUCUUUUUUGCACUGAUAUGAGUUUGGAAUCAUAUGGUACAGAGCGUAUCUCAGUUGUAAGCUGGUUUUACUUUCGCUUUUUCUGUUAUUGUUGUCUGUUUUCUCAAUAUUUGUUUAAGGAUGGGUAUAAUUUUAUUUUAUUUUUAACCAUAAUGUUUUAAGAAUGGGAAGAUGACUUGGGUUUGACUUUCUCAGACCUGCUCUUAUAGUACUGGAUUACAUAGAGGACA